AUUCGUAACAAUGGUCCGAGUAAUCUCAAGUCCAUUGAUAUUCUCGUCUCUUUGCCCAUAUCUCUUCUCAAUCCAUGGACACUGGAGAGAGAAAACUUGAUUGACACGAGUAGUUUGACGAUUAGAAGCAUUUACGAUGGACAAUAUUUCGAUGUCGAAUGGAUGCAGAACAACACAGUUUUAAAUUUGCAUGCCGGAGACCCAUUGCAACCAGUGCAAACUGACCCGAAAUAUACGGAAGGAGCUCUAUCAACAACCAACGAAGUGAAUUUGCCCAAGGCUUUGAUUGGGGGCCGAUCUCGUAGAUCACUUGAAAAUAUACAAGACUCUCAUUUUAAUCCAUAUUCGCAAAAAGUCAUCGAAACGAGACAAAGUCGCAGCUCAAUUGCUACAGAUCUAUUCGACAAAUCAUUUGACCCAGAUUUGUUCAGUGUAAAUGACCGUAUCUUGUCUAAUCUGCCAUCCAAUCGUACAAUUCAUUUCGACUGUAAGGACUCAAAUCAAGAAUAUUGCCUGGUGGGAAGUUUCAGGGUGUCCAAUUUCAAAGCAAGUAAUUCUCCUGUUUUGAUCACGUUGAACUUUGCAAUUGAUAUGGCGAAAAUGGCCAGAAUUAUGUCGGGAAAGAGGGAUAUUCUGGUGAUUCGGACAUCGGUUGAAUUCGGAGAAAUAUUCGACGAUGACACAUCCACAGUCCAAGUCGUUCAAAAUCAACCGUUUACAGUAAUUUCGAAAUACGUGGACAAUUCAACUCCUCUGUGGAUUUAUGUACUUUCGAUUAUUUUCGGUCUUUUAUCACUGAUUCUCAUCUCGUACGCGCUGUUCAGAUUUGGAUUCUUCACACGUGGCAAAAGAGAUGAAUUGGUCAAACUGAAGCGGCAAAGCGAAUUGAUAUCAUAUUGGGUUGUGCCGGGGGACGGCAUGGAUGAUGAUUGA